AUGCCUCUCUAUCAACCCGAGGACUUGUACGCUCCAAUCCUUACGCAGUUCUCCCUCAAAGGGAAGAUUGCGGUAGUGACUGGAGGGUCAAGGGGUAUCGGUGCUGAAGUCGUUCGCGGGUUGGCAGAGGCUGGCGCAGACGUCGCAUUCAUCUACAAGAUGAACGCCAAAGCAGACGAAACAGCUGCCCGAAUCGCAAAAGAGACGGGCGUCCGCGUCCAGGCAUAUCGAUCCGAUGUCACGUCCCGAGGGACUAUUGCGAAAACCAUCAAUCAAAUCGCCAGCGAGUUCGGCGGAGGCCGCAUAGACAUAGCGGUGGCCAACGCGGGCGUCUGCGCAAAUGUUAAGUCGCUCGAGUACACGGAACGGACAUGGCAUGAUAUGAACAGCGUCAAUUACGACGGCGUCAUGUGGACUGCGCAGGCUGUGGGAAACAUCUUCAAGAAGCAAGGGAGAGGAAACCUAGUCAUCACCGCUUCCGUGAGCGCUAUUUUGGUCAACGUACCCCAGGAACAGGCUGCCUACAAUGCUUCCAAGGCGGCAGUCGUGCAGCUUGCCAAAAGUCUCUCCGUCGAAUGGGCCAAUUUUGCGCGCGUCAAUUGUGUAUCGCCUGGAUACAUCCUCACCGAGAGAUCAAACGUUGUGAUCGAUGGCGGAUACACAUUGCCGUAG